AAAGAGCAGAAAACAAUCUCGCCUCUGCACAGCAGAAGACGACAUCAUGCAGAAAUCCUGCAAAGAAAAUGAAGGGAAGCCCAAGUGCACCAUGCCAAAAAGGGAAGAUGAACAUCCUUGUGGAGGAUUUGAACGCCAGCAAACGGAAGGGAAUUUUAGGCAGAGGCUGCUUCAGUCUCUCGAAGAAUUUAAAGAGGACAUGGACUACAGGCAUUUUAAGGAUGAGGAAGUGGCAGGAGAGGAAGAUGAGAUGGAAAGGUGCUUAGAAGAGAUAAGAGGUCUGAGAAAAAAAUUUAGGGCUCUGCAUUCUAACCACAGGCAUUCUGGAGACCUUCCUUUUCCCAUUUAAAGCAUCUCUCACUAAAUCAUUUAUGUUCUGUUAUUAAUAUUGCCCCUGCUUUCUUUGUAUCUUCACUUUCUUGCUAAAUAGUUGCUAUCUUUAUACUCUAAUUCUUGAGUGGUUACAUCUGCACACAACUUUUAUUGCUAACAUCUCAUCUUUUAAUUCAGUCUCAUCCAUUUACAGGAAAUCAUGCUCAUCUAAUCAUGUAUUAUAAAGUAAAAACAACA